CAGUAGAGCGUGGAGACAGGUGCAUAAGGCAGCCACUCUGGAGUGCGCAAAUCCUGAUUCCAUUGCAGAGACGAACAUUUCUAACAGUACACAGCUGUGCUGAGUGAUAGAGGGAGAGCCGAAGCACUUGAAUUGAUAGUUACUGUCCUUGGAAGAGAAGCACGAUGGCUUGCUUUGAGGAAUUAUACAACGGCUGCCGAUGCGCCAGUAAUGGGGAGCAGCAGCCAAAUGCCAUCCUUUACAACAUCCUGAGCCAGAAGGAGAAUCGCAAGAGCAACAGCAACUACCACAGCUACAGCGUAUCGCAGCGCAACUGCCACUGCGAGGUCCGGAGGUCAGUCUGCCUGAAGACCCCCGUCCAGACCUGUCAAGUGGCCUCUGACGUCCUGGUGAGGACCGUCAGCUUCAUGAAGAACCUCCCCUCUUUCCAGCAGCUCCCCGGCAAGGACCAGCUGUCCCUGCUCCAGAGCGGCUGGGCCCCCCUCUUCAUCCUGGGCCUGGCCCAGGAAGGGGUGAGCUUCGAGGUGACCGACUCGCCAGCCCCCAGCAUGCUGAAGAGGAUCCUCCUCAACGGGCAGAGGGAGGAUUCGGACAGGGCGCACCCCACGCUGGCUGGAGUGCAGAGACUCAAAUCCUGCCUUAAUAAGUUCUGGAGCCUGGAUCUCAGUCCUAAAGAAUACGCAUAUCUGAAAGGAGCCAUGCUCUUCAAUCCUGACGUCCCUGGGCUCCGGAGCUCGUUGUUUAUCGAGAGCCUGCAGCAGGAAGCCCAGCGAGCCCUUCGCGAGAUCCUGGUGCCUCUUCACCCCGAAGACAGGGGGCGCUUUGCUCGCAUCCUGCUUACCGCCUCCACCCUGAAGACUAUCCCUCCAGCCCUCAUCACCGAGCUGUUUUUCAGACCCGUCAUCGGCCAGGCGGACUUACUUGAGCUGCUGGCGGAAAUGCUCCUCGCUAAAUAAACGAACAGAACUGGGGUGUGGGCGAUGCACGGAGUGUGUUUACCGUCCGCGUUAUCGCUAUCACUGGCGGUGCUGGGCACAGCCUGUCAGCCUGCUUCGGAGUCGGGCUUCAAAGCAGCUGGAGUCUGGAGUCGACUCCAGUGUGUGUGAAGGACAGGGGCACGGCAGGAAAACCAGGACAGAAACUCUGAAAGAUAGACUGGGUGGACUCGGAUAACCGAGUCCUGUGGAUAACCAGUACAUAACCAAGACAGUAUGUCAUAUUGUCCGCUCUUAUGAAAGUGUCCCUGUGCGAGUUCAUGUGUAAAAAAUAAAACACAUUACAUAUUUACUGUAUGCUAUGCUGUAUACAAGGCACACUGUUCAAUGCAGGCUGUAUUCAUAUAUAUAUAUUGGGCAAUAUCCACAACAGUUGGAUAAGAUGGCAAGUUCGUUUGUUAGUGCUGACUGUUAGAAAUGACUUUUGCCGAGUUAUGUUAGUAUUUGUGUUGCUGUACAAAAAUGUGUCUGUGUGUGUCUUUAAAUUAUAUUUUAAAUAUAUACGA